GCUAAUAAGAGGGCGUGGACAAUGAGAAAUCUGUAGGAGGCUUAUUUCUUUUAACUUUCCUCCCUCUCUCCCCCUCUGUCCUUCUCAGCUAGGAAAACCAUGGACUGUGCCGAGGUGUUCAACGGAUUCUUUGCUACCGGGCAAUCAUCUUCGGUUAUGGCUACUACCAACUUGAGGCAUCCAGCCGCUUGUUCGGUUUCCCCACGUGGGUCGCGCUCCUCUUGCUCUAGGAGCGGGCUCAGGGUCCGUUGCUCAGGUGGAAAGAGUGAUCAGGGGGUUCUCGAAGACACUAACAGGGGGGAUAAGUUGAUCGGUGGUGACCUUUUCUCCGUCACCUCUUCCAGCAAGUGCGACAUUGAUUACUUGGGCGAAAGCACCAAGGGAGAUUUGAACGUCAAAAAGGAGCAUUUGGGCAGUUUAGGCCUUGAUGGCCGGGAAGGUCCGAUCGAAGAGGUUGCUCGAAUCGAGGCUAUGGAAGCGGAUACCAUGUUAAAUGAGCUGGGGCUUCCUGCUCCAUUAUCGUCAAGACAUUCACCUCGUGGCAUCUUUUGUAGUAGGACCUUAAAUCUUAGGUCAAUCAGCGUUAUUGGGUAUGAUAUGGAUUAUACCUUGAUUCAAUACAAUGUGAUGGCAUGGGAAGGUAGAGCAUAUGAUUACUGCAAAGCUAACCUUAAAAGUAUGGGCUUUCCUGUUGAUGGGCUGAAAUUUGAUCCUGACUUGGUCAUUAGAGGUUUGAUCAUGGACAAAGAGAGAGGAAACUUAGUAAAGGCUGAUCGGUUUGGUUAUGUAAAAAGGGCUAUGCAUGGUACCAGAAUGCUCUCAACUAAAGCUGUAAGUGAGAUGUAUGGAAGGGAGCUGGUUGAUUUAAGGAAUGAGAGUAGGUGGGAGUUCUUAAAUACAUUUUUUUCUGUAUCAGAGGCAGUGAUGUAUAUGCAGAUGGUUGACAGACUGGAUGAAGGUGCAUUGCCAGCAGAGCUGGGGCCAUUGGAUUACAGGGGGCUUUAUAAAGCGGUUACCUUGGCACUUUUCAAUGCUCAUGUAGAAGGGCGGUUGAAGAGUGAGAUUAUUGGUGAGCCGGAACGAUUUGUAAUACCUGAUCCAGAGCUACCUUUAGCUCUUCUGGACCAAAAGGAGUCAGGUAAAAAGUUGCUGCUAAUUACAAACUCAGAUUACCAUUACACAAACAAAAUGAUGCAGCAUGCUUUCAAUAGGUACCUUCCAAAUGAUAUGGGAUGGAGAGAUCUUUUUGAAAUGGUAAUAGUUUCUGCAAGAAAACCAGAAUUCUUCCAAAUAUCUCAACCAAUGUAUGAGGUUGUGACAGAGGAUGGACUGAUGCGGCCUUGUUUUAAGGCUCACUCUGGGGGACUCUACUCUGGAGGAAGUGCCCUGAUGGUUGAGAAGUUUUUAAAUAUUCAUGGUGAUGAGAUACUAUAUGUUGGAGACCAUAUUUAUACUGAUGUUAGCCAAUCCAAAGUCCAUUUGCGGUGGAGAACAGCUCUUAUUUGUCGGGAGCUGGAAGAAGAGUACAAGGCACUCAUUGAUAGCAAAAAUCAUAGGACUGCAUUGAUAAAACUUAUCAACCAAAAGGAAACUGUGGGGGAACUUUUUAAUCAGCUGCGCUUGGCAUUACAACGGCGAACAAAAGAGCGUCCUGCACAGACUCUUGCUGCAACCAGUAUGGGUGAUCAAGAACUUACAGAGACCAUGCAGAAGCUUCUGAUUGUUAUGCAAAGAUUGGAUGAGAAAAUUGCUCCCAUGUUAGAAGCAGAUGGAGAAAAAUUCAAUAAAAGGUGGGGUUAUCUUUGCCGUGCGGGGCUAUGGGAUAAAAGCCACUUGACAAGACAAAUUGAGAAAUAUGCUGACAUAUAUACAUCUAGAGUAUCAAAUUUCUUGUAUUAUACUCCAUUUGUGUACUUCCGGUCACAAGAGCAGAGACUUGCUCAUGACUCGUAUUCCCUCUCUUCACUUGAUGGUCAUAACGAGUUCACAGUUGACAUGCUAAAUUUACCCUCAACCAGUUGCUAGAGCGGGAAGCUGAAUGAGAAACUGGAGAGGUUGAAGUCCAAAGCAGGAUAUUUGACUUUUAGAAGGAUUUGGAAAGCAGAGAAAGCAACAUACUAAGAGACGAAAUAGGAUUUGUGUGUACUGCAAUGGGAAGGAAAAAGAAAAACCCGAGAAAAACUUGUAUUGUAAUCUAUGUAUGACGUUGAGUUACCUUAGAUGAUUCUAUCUAAAGCAUGAAAAAAACUAUACCCUGUACUUUAAAAGUGAUCGCAUAUGCGAUUCUCAAGUUUGGAAACUAUACCCUGUACACUUGAAAGUGAUCCCUUGGACCUUCGUAAUAGAAUGGCGUAUGCCUACUAAGGAAAUGAAAGUGCAAUAGUUUUAAAUUC